CUUCCGGUGUUUGAGAUUUGUUUGUUUUGGUUAAAAUAUUUUUGUUUUGUUUUGUUAUUCCACGUUUGUUUCGUCUUUGUUUGUUUAUUUUUCAACCUGAAAACCUUUGUUUAUUGAGUUACUGACGAUUAGCUCAGGCAGUUUUACUGCUAUAAAGACAAUGGUAACCUCUGAAUCAAUUUACAAGAGGUUGAAGUGGUCGGUUUCAAAUUACAAGUGGUAAGGGGGAUAACUCGUGAACGACUAAAGUAUUUUGUGGAGUGGAUGGCGACAAGAAAUGGGUGGUACCGUGCCACCGUCUUCCGGAGCCAGCUGACAUUUGUUUGUUUCUGUUUUAUUUGUUACGGACAACAUGACCUGGAUGUCAAGUGGAAAGUAUAAGGAUGUUGGAUAGAACAUUUUGAAGAUUUACAGAAGAAUAUUUGGUUUUAUCAGUGUGACAUGACUCAGCCUGGGAGUGGGAUGAUGAUGAUGCUGCCUUUCUGCACUGCCUGCUUCCUGGUUGUGGGGAUCUUAUGUGUGAUUGUAGCCGGAAAGCACCACACCUGCUAUCAUCAAAUACAUCAACAACAUGAGGUGUUUUACGGUGUUGACGUUGAACCGCGACAUGUGUUGAUGAAACGAAGUGCAGACCAGCCGUUGAGAAUUCAUCUACACUACGAUGACAGUCUCACAGAGUUGCCGCUCGACCACAGGACCUUGGUGAAGAAAACUGUUUUGCAGGCUGUACACUUCUGGGAGAAUACAUUAAGAGUGCGCGCAACGAUGAAACCGAUAAGACUCAGGAAACAGUGCUCUGACAACCGCGUUCGGUACCAAGACGGCGUGGUGUAUUGCGUGGAUGGCUGUAGCCAGGUGACAAAGUGCGGGGACAUCGUCAUCCCGUCAGACCACCAGCAGGGUUGUCUUUCUUGGAACAGCCAGACGGAUGAAUAUGAAGAGGAGCAGGUGUCAGGAACGGGGAUUAAUGGUACAGAUUUUGUUCUGUAUGUGGCCACAGUACACUCGAAGCGCUGUCAGCUGGGCAGUACGGUUGCAUAUGCUGCUCACUGUCAACAAGAGAGAGUUCUAGACAGGCCGGUUGCUGGCUAUUUUAGCAUCUGCCCUCAGUCGAUAUCCAUGGAUAGACUUGAACAGCUUCAACUCCUGUCUACGAUGAAACAUGAAAUCCUUCAUGCUUUGGGCUUUACAGCUGGCCUGUACGCCUUCUACCGGGACGAGAAUGGCAAUCCACGGACAGAAAGAAACCCACUGUCCAACAAACCUCGACAGUUCAAUAAACAACUGAGCAUGUACCAGUGGAGUGAGAGCGUUGUGAAAACCGUCUACAGGAACGACUGGAAACUGCGCACUGGCGCCAUCACCAAAGUCAUUACGGUUAUGGCCACACCCAAAGUUAAGGCUGAGGUAAGAGUGCACUUCAACUGCUCGGAUCUGGAGGGGGCCGAACUGGAAGACCAGGGGGUGGACGGAACUGCUUUAACACACUGGGAGAAGAGGAUCUUUGAAAAUGAAGCUAUGACGGGCACAUACACGCAGAACUCUGUCAUAUCGAGAAUAACACUAGCCAUGAUGGAGGAUACUGGGUGGUACAAGGCUAACUACGAGCGAGCUGAAUUGUAUGAGUGGGCCAAGAACCUCGGGUGUGACUUCGUGAGGAAAAGUUGUUACGACUGGAUAGAAAUGAAGCAGAAAAGAGGUGAAGACAUCUACCCGUAUUGUGAGCGGGUCAAGCGAGGUCAGCUGUGGACGGAUUGCAGUAAUAACCGACACUCGGUCGCACUGUGUAAUCUUGUGGAGUACACCAAACCCCUCGAGCCGGGAUAUCAGUAUUUCACCUCACUGGAAGGCGUUUCCAGUUCCGAAGUAAACCGGUUCGGUGGAUCCGUCCAAUUGGCAGAUUUCUGUCCCUUUCUUCAGGAGUUUUCGUGGACGAAUCAUGACGAAGUGUUGCGGGGUUCAAGCUGCAGACACCAGGAGAACAGUAUUGGCACUUCAAACAACUUUUUUGGUGAGAAAUAUGGCAACCAGUCGAAGUGUUUCAAUCAUGCAAAUCGCUGGUUUCUACAGCACUGCUACACCAUUGACAGUCCCCAGCACAGCGGCAGUGGAUGUUACGAGUACAAGUGUAGUGAUAAAACUGGCCUGACUAUCUUCGUUGAUGGGCACGGGUACCGCUGUUACCGAGAAGGGCAGGUAAUCGAUGUGCACUAUGUUUCACAGAGUUAUCUCCACAAGGGAACUCUCAUGUGUCCAAACUGCCAGGAAGUGUGUCAGGAGUCUGGAGUUAUCUGCCCACCAGAUCUACCAAUCCCUCCUCAUGAAGAAGUAGCAUUAAGAGCCCCGUGUGCUGGAUCUUCGACAAAUCCAAAUAUUUAUGCAGUAUUGUUUUUGAUUAUUGUGCAAUAUGUAUUCCUCGUACAUAAUCGCUGUUGUGCUUCUUGAUGUUAAACGUUUUAUCAGUUUAAUUUUUAUAAGCUAUAUCUGGGGUUUUUUUUUUUUUAUAUUAUAGUGCAUUUUACAGUUUUUAGUAUGAUGUUAUUACACAUUUUAUCAAUUUAUUUUAAGCAUAUUAUUUUAAUUUUAAAGAGAACCCAAUCUGAAGUGCUGUCUUAUCAAUACAGUUGUUGAUAUUUAUUUAAAAAAUGAACAGUUUUGCAGCAUGGGUAUGCAUUUAUGUGGGCAAAGAAACAAGUGAUGUAUAUAAUGUAAACAGGCGUGUGUGCAGGAAUUUUAGAAUGGGCAGGGGUCUAGACUUUUAUGACUGACGUUUAUAGAGGGUUCGUGUCAUUCUGCCCCGGAAUAAUAUGGAGAAAAAAUCCUAAAAAUUGCCUGACCAGGGAGGGUUUUUAACAUGCGAAACCCUCCCCCUUCAUACAUGCCGCCUGGUAAAGUGUCUUGACAUCUUCAAAAAAAAAAAAGUUUGUUUUGUUUAACAACACCACUAGAGCACAUUGAUUUAUUAAUCAUCGGCUGUUGGAUGUCAAACAUAUGGUCAUUUUGACACAGUCAUAGAGAUGAAAAACCGACUACAUUUUUCCAUUAGUAGCAAGGGAUCUUUUAUAUGCACCAUCCCACAGACAGGAUAGCACAUACCACGGCCUUUGAUAUACCAGUCGUGGUGUGACAUCUUCAAAGGCUGAACAUUACUUUCCUAUGAUGUUCUGAAUGUGGACAAAUUGUGAAAUUUUAAGUAUAUUUUAUUUUAAAUUAAACAUUACUCAAUCUAAAUUGCAAACCUGUUAUAUUAAUAUCCAAGGUUUGUAUUUAUGCAUAAGACACCUGUCUUCUUCACAGGCUGAAAAAGACUUUCCUGUUGUUCAUAAUGUAGACAAGUUAUGUCAUUUUAAACAUAUUUUAUUUUAAACAACUGUUGCUUAAGUCAAAUGAUACUUGUGAUAGAUGUAAUAUAUCAGCUGAGAGGAGUGACGUCAUGUUAUGAAAAUAAGCUGUGGUGAAUUUUGUAUUUAAUAAUGAUACCAAAUUUACAAGACUGAUUGCUCUAGAAUGGAUUUCUGGGACAUGACCUUGUGUAGGUGUUGUUUCUGGUAUUUCAUCUCAAGAAAAUUUAUCUAUGUAGCUCGCUAAAGCUUGCUACAAAGAUUUGGUCUGUACAUUUACAUCUGAUACUGGUGUGAAAGAUUUUGUUUUAAUCAAUUUUUAUUAUUUUGGGGUACUUUUGUGUGAUUUUUCCCAUAGAUGGUCACAUUUGAUCUUGUAUCCCGGAGUGGUGCAGACGGUACGGCUGGUACGACCAUUUUUUCUGUGUUAUAUUUGUUGUAUCUGUGAAAAUGUCCUUCACAGGUGAAUUUGAAAGGAAAGUCUGGCAACCUCGAGCUGUACCACUAUGUUUUACACUAUUAUGUUUUGAUAUUACAAUGCAUGCAUAAAUUCUUACUUGAUUUUAUAUAUCAUUCAGUUAAACAAAAACCUAAUGAGUGUUUUAUUUUAUGUUGAUUCGCAUAUCAGUUGUUUAUAUCAUUAUUAUCAUAUAAAUAUCAGCUUAUGUAAUUUAAUACACACAGGCUGUUUUCUGAAUGUAUCUACAUUUUACAAUUUUGCUGAAAUUGAAUCUCAAAAGACCUUUUUUAUAGAAAUGGAAAGAAAUGUUUAAUUAACAACAUGUCAGCACAUUUUAAACUAUAGAUCAUGGCAAACCUUGCAGAGUUCAUCACUCUUUACCAUCAUGGGAUAAAGCCGAUAACCUUUUUCAUUUGAACUUAUUUUCGUGCUUAUAUCCAAUUAAGGUUCAAGCAUGCUGUCCUGGGCACACACCUCAGCUAUCUGGGCUGUCUGUCCAGGACAGUGGGUUAGUUGUUAAUUGUUAGU